AUGGAGAGCUCCUCCGUGAGGGGAGGCGGCUCUACAAUUGGGUACCCGGUCUUCUCCGGUAGUGUUCAUGAGAUCACCCAUUUUGCCUCUUCGGGCCCCGCUGCUCCAAAUCUACAGGGAGGCGGUCUCUCUGGCAAAGAGUCCUGCUGA